AUGCCUCGCCAGGAACCCCCACAGCCUGUCGACGAAGUAACUCCGAUAGUCAGCCACAACAGCUCGCAACGGCGACGGUAUAACUCUACCGAGAAUGUCCUGAGAGGCUCCGAUGCGGGGCCUGGUAAAUUCCCGACACGCCAGGGCUCCAGGGCUCAAAGCCGACAAAACUCUGGACUGGCGGGUUCCGAUGAAGCCAAAGCGCCCUGGUACUCUCGGAUUGCGGACAGAUACGAACGAACAUUCCUCGCGUGGUUGCGAACUUCGCUAGCAUUUGCGUCCAUUGGGAUCGCAGUGACGCAACUCUUUCGCCUGAGUAAUAGUUCAACACAAAGCCAAAACAGUGUAGAGAUUACAUCCGAGAGUGUAUCCUCACUACUACCACCUGACUACAAUGGUCACGCAAUCAUAAGGAUAUCAGACACCUCUGAGCGGCUUCGCAGUUUAGGAAAGCCAUUAGGCACAACUUUCCUUGGGGUCGCGAUACUUAUUCUCUUAGUCGGCUUCCAUCGCUACUUUGAGAGCCAGUACUGGAUUAUCAGAGGCAAGUUCCCGGCCAGUCGCGGCAGUAUCGCCCUUAUAGCUUUUGUAGCUGGCGCUUUGAUUGUAUCAGCGCUGGCUGUCAUCAUCGCUAUUUCUCCUGGCGCUGUUGAGAAUUAA